GUACAUACGCGCACACAUUAACAGAAGCGUAUAAGUUUAUCAAAUUGUAUAUUGCUAAGGAGACCUUUCAGCAAUAUCCAUUCUAUUCGACCCAAUAUAGCUAAAGAAGACAGAAACACUAACAAUACAACUGAUGCAUCACUUCAUGGACGACGAAGGUGGGACCGAUACCAAAGCGUCCUUUCGUCGAAUUCGUCUCCAGACGGAACCUGAGGCUACUACAAAAACCAUCACUACUAAUAAUGAUGAUACAGAAAUAGAACCCCCUCCACAGCUUCCAAUCGGACAUAAGAAUUAUUUUUGUUGUCGUACUUGCCGACGUAUCCUUUCCGAAUCCCAGUGGUAUGCGGAGGGCUGUAGUGAGUGCGGGACCGGUCCUAUUCGCCGAGGGGAAUUGUUGGAGUACGCGAGUUCGCAUUUCCACAACUUUUUCGGUCUCAUCGCGCCUGAAAAAUCAUGGGUCGCACGUUUGAUUAGGAAGAAAAAUUGCGCGAAUGGCGUUUUUGCUGAAGCCAUUUCCGAUGAGGAGCUCGAGGCCGACAAGGAAGAUGCCGAAAUGGAAAACGAGGCCUCUGAAGAUGAGCCUGAAAGGGAUUUCUUGCCUAGUACGGACGUUCACGCGGGUGACAAAUCUAGCCUCACUAACAGCGAGUUAUGGCAAAGCUAGUUUUCGGUUUCGUUGAUGAAAGGCUGUUUUCUUGUGUGUCUCUGUGGGAAGAUUUAUUCUAACAGGAACGUCAGAAAACAAAAACUAAUCCAUUAAAAUUGUACUUCUUCUGUGCAUUUACUCCAUCACUUUCUCUGACGCCAAAGUAAUGCCUUCCUUGAAAAUUGUACACAGAAGAGGGAAAGAGGGAAA